AAACGCUUCGAUUGACCACAAUCGCCAGCCCAGCCCAUCCUCAUCGUCACUCUGUUCGUCAAUUUUCCGGUUCGACGGAAGCGAAAAAGCAUGUCGAAACCGUUUGACUACUCAAAAUGGGACAACAUUGAGUUGUCCGACGACGAAGAAGAUUGCCAUCCCAACAUUGACAAGGAAAGCUGGUUUCGUAUGAAGCAUCGAUCACGAGUGGAACGUGAAGAAAACGAAGCCAAAGACCGGGCUCGGAUUGAACAGAAAGUGGCAGGCUACGCGGAACCGAAAGAAGAUUUGAAAAAGGUCUCGGAGACCAUGCGUCAAACCCAAAUUGGCGCAACGGAUGGUGAGAAAAAGCCCGCCGCCGUCAAAUCGACCGCCGACAGCGACGCCGAAGCCACCACGGCCACUAAGCCCACUCCAGCUAAUACUGACUCGGCUCCGAACAACACUAGCAAUGAUACGAGUACUUCUCUUGCUACAAAAUCAUCUCCAGCUGGUCCGGCACGUGAUUUGGGAGCUAUGGAUACGUACCACGAAUUCACCGAAAAGUACGCCGAUCUCGUGGAGCAAUUCAUGGCUCUCCCAGAUCUCGCUGGCAGUGAGGAGUUCUUGUUGAGACAUGGCGAUGUACUAUUGCAAGAAAACGCCUCCAACUAUCUUCUCUUGGCCAGUCUCGAAGACGAGAUGAACGGAUACCACGACAAGAUGAAACGAACUGCUCGACAGUCGCAGAUUAUAACGAGUAUUGCCGAGCUAGCCAAGACGGUCAAGACUCACCCGGGGAAUGUCAUUCGUCCUUUUUUCCAACGUUUGAAGGAGCGCCUGCACUUGGAAGAGUUUUUGGCACAAACAAAGGCCUUUCAGGAGAAAAUCGUGUCACGUGCAGUAGUGAAGAGGCAAGAAAUUGACCGGGAACGGGCCCAGGAAGCCCGGAAUGAAAAGGGAACAUCUCUCGAAGAUAUCCCACUCGAACAGCGUUUGGGACCGGGCGGGCUCGACCCGUUAGAAGUGAUUGAAACCUUACCACCCGGAAUGGUGGCUGCGUUCGAGUCGCGGGACGUCGAGCAAUUGAAACAAGUCUUGAUGGAAAUGGAUGCAGACGAAGCGGAAGCCCAUAUGAAAAGGUGCAUCGACGCUGGCUUAUGGGUGGCUUAGGCCAGGUGGCUAGUUUGCGAUUUCUUCUUUACGUAUCAGCGGCAACGGGUUGGGCUAAAUAAUAUGCUUUAGAGUAAUCUCAUAAGUAGAGAGUCUUACAUACGCA